AUCAUGACAUCAUCAAAGGUCCUAUAGCCUAGCAGAGUGAGGCGGUGAGAAGGUCCUGGUGUGCGGUAACCUCAGUGUGUCAUGUCCUUGCUGCUGCUGGGCCUCCGCUCCGUGGUGGGGCCGGGGCUCCGAUGUCCUCCGGUGCGGGGGAAGAAGCGCUGGCUGUGGCCUUAUCUCCGGGAACUACAGAGGAAGAAGGCGCUGGAGGGGCCUCCUAAGCCGGUGCCAAGGUCGCAGCAGCCACCCUUUGAUUACCAUGCAGAGAUUGUAGCGUUCUCCAAGCGUCUGAAUGAGGCCUUCUCCGUCCAGCUCCUAAAGAAUGCAUUUGUGAACCAUUCCUAUGUGGUGGAGGAGGAGAGGAGACGGAGGGAGCUGGGUUUGGACCAUGAAAUAGCUACUUUAAACCUACAAGACAACCAGAAGCUUACAGAGGAGGGUGCGGACUUUACUGCCUCGUAUCUCACCAGUACUCUACAGCAGGCCUUUCCAAGUCUCCCUGGAGCUGGUGUCAAGGCCUUGGUGGACUAUCUCACUAGCCAACAGGUUAUGUGUCAUGUAGCCCAAAAUCUUUCUGUAGAAGACCUGACCUUGAGUUCGGAGUGCCCCUUGUCUCCUGACACCUUACAGAAUACCUUCCUGGCAGUCAUAGGAGCUCUGUUGGAAAGCUCUAGCCCUGAAAGAACAGGGCGCUUUCUCCAGGACUUUGUAGUUUCUCAGAUGAUCGGGAAGGACUUGUUUGAUAUGUGGUCUGUGACAGAUCCUAUGUCUCUACUUGUUGAGCAGUUAUCUCAAAGAAAUGUUCCCCUCCCAGAGCCCAGAAUCACCAGACAGUCUGGAGCCAGUACCGUGCUACCUGUCUACUUUGUCGGGCUUUACUGCGAUAAGAAGCUGAUAGCUGAAGGCCCUGGUGAAACUGUCAUGGCCGCAGAAGAGGAAGCGGCCCGGGUGGCCCUGAGAAAGAUGUUUGGAUUUGCAGAAAACAGGCAUCCGUGGGAUUAUUCUCCAUACAGACAGGACAACAGUGAUCAGAAGGCCAUACAUGCAUCAUGAACAUUACCGUGUAAUUGUAAAAUAUACAUAUAUGACUGUGUCGGAGCUAAGCUUACAUACACAUACCUAAUAAAUCCCAGGAGGAGAGCACACGUGUUGUAGACAGUGGACUCUUCUGCACCAUUUUGGCUGUAAAGACUUACUGACUUUACUGACGUAUUUUUACCGUUUUUUUCUUUUUUGUAUUCUUAAUACAAGAAAUUGGUUAAAUGUU